GUAGGGAUUGUUUCCUUGUACUUCAUCCAGAAACACCUCUUCCCUUACUUCUGGGCAUACCUGAGACACCUGCUCAAAGUAUUCCCCUAGGGGCUUGUCACCGUGCUGGAUGCGUUCGCGAAGCCGGCGGAGAAGCAGCCCCACAAGCCGUUCCUCAUUACGAAGGGAAGGUUCACACCUGCCGGGACGUGGAGUAACAGGGUAGCGCAGGUCUUCCUGCAGCAUGGGGCUGUGAGAAAUGGAGACACAGCGACCUUGCUGAUGAGCAACGAGCCAGACUUCAUCCACGUGUGGUUUGGACUGGCCAAGCUGGGCUGUGUGGUGGCAUUCCUCAACUUCAACACCCGCUCCAGAUCUCUCCUGCACUGUGUCAGCAGCUGCGAGCCCAGGGUACUGGUGGUGGGAGUAGAUUUACUUGAGACAGUGGAAAGACUUCUUCCAAACCUUCAAAAAGAUGUUAGCAUUUGGAUAAUGACCAACGACUCCACUUUUACAAGUGUGAAUACCCUGUUAGACAAAAUAGAAGCUGCAUCUGAAGAUCCUGUUCCAGUUAAUCGAUGCUCUGCCAACAAACUCACUUCAGCUGCUUUAUAUAUAUUUACUUCAGGAACAACAGGUCUUCCAAAGGCUGCCGUCAUCAGUCAUAUUCAGGUUCUUAAAGGAGCUGUUGGACUGUGGAGUUUUGGUGCUACUGCAGAAGACAUCAUUUAUAUCACUCUGCCUCUUUAUCACAGUGCAGCAUCUCUUCUUGGCGUCUGUGGAUGCAUAGAACUGGGUGCAACCUGUGUGUUAAAGAAGAAGUUCUCAGCUAGUCAGUUUUGGAGUGACUGCAAAAAGUACAAUGUGACUGUCGUACAAUACAUUGGGGAGCUUUGCCGUUACCUUUGCAAUCAGCCAGUG